AUGCCCCUGUUCUCCAAGGCUGUGGCAGAACAAAGAGGGUCUCAUCCCCCUCAAGCACCGCCAAUAUCAACAGCUAAAGCGCCUGGUAAAUUCGAAAGCUUCUUUAAUAGAUCUAAACGGACAAGCGCAACUUCCGAAGUGUCGUUCCAAAACCGAAACCCACAUUACCACGCCCCCGCAAUUAUAUCAGGACAAACGACUGGAUCAGGACCAGGACCGUACUACCGCGACCAGCAAGAAACAAGGACACGAGUGUAUGCCCAACAAAUCCCUAUAAGUAUGGACUCGGCACAAUACCCCAGCCACCUACGUGAUUUUGUGGAGGCGACCUACCAGCCCCCGCCCCCACCGCGAACGCAAGGAUCACGUCCAUUACCUGCCCCUCCCCAACGACAGUCGGCAAACUUGAACCCAAGUCCGCCAUCAUCCCCUUUCAUGAAUGAAACCCACUCAAAUCUAAGCCAACCGUCUCCGGUUAGAAAGAAAGGAUACAAUUCACGGCUGUCAGAUACCAGUCCCAUGCCACCACGUCAUCCAAGUUACCCCCCUUUACCAAAAUACGAAGCAGAGCCAAGCUUCGACGAUGAUAUCUCCGAACUCUCCUCUAGUAACUCACCCGCUUCCCCCUCUGCAACUCUAUAUCCCGGGCCACCACGCACGCCCUCCUUGCCUGCUUACACUUACAAUACCACCCAUCCAUACUUCCAAAGGCCACAUGAAGAAGACCAGCACCAGCAUGUAUACCCACCUAGACCGCACUUCCAAAGAAUAAACGAAGAAGAGCAGCACCAACAUGUAUACCCACCUAGACCCAGCUCGGCCGAUACGCAUUACACCACACCCCUCAACGCCCCACAAGCCAUCUCACCAUCUUCAUCAUACUCACAUGCAACUUACCUGCCACCUACACCCAUCCGCCUCGAAUUCGACCCCUCCAUGCCAAUCAACGCAUCCGACUACGUGUUCCCGCCUUCGCCAACCACCGUCCCGGGUCGGUCUGGGGGUAUAGACGAGCACGAGCAGCGAAAGUCGAAAGCGGUUAGUGCGAGUACAAGUACGACGAGUAUGUCGCCGUUGUCGGAUUUGUCGAUGCCUGUCCCGUUGGUGCCCCCUGCACAAGCACAAAUACAAGCGAAUCAUAGGACACCGCUGCCCGUGGUGCCCCAACAUCGUCAAGUUCACCAGCACGAUUCGAUGCAGCCUUCCUCUUCCUCGUUACCUCUUUCGGUUCCCGCAUCUACGUCUUCUUCUGGCCCCCAAGACAAAGACAAAGAUUCCACGUCUCCAACUACAGCACCAGCACCAUUCAUCUUCCCCUCCGGUCGUUCUCGAGCCAACCCCAAAGCGAAACCCAAACCCAACACCACCCGGGCCGACCCUUCGCCAACUCGGUUCAAGGGACUUCGUCUCCUGAAAGACAAAUCCAAGAAACCGGAUAAAGGGAAGCAGAGAGAACGGGAUAAGCAGGUGGAAGAUGGGAGUGAGAUGCAGAUGAUGUCGAUGUCGAUGUCAGGGUCGACUUCGAAUUUCUCGGGUGUUGGGUCGACGGUUGAUUUGGGAGUGGGGGUUGGAGGAGGGGAUGAGGUGGUGUUUGAUAUUCGGAGGGCUAGUAAUAGUACUAGGAUGAGUGCUGGAGUGGCAACGGGAGGCAAGCCGAGGGUUAGGAAUUAUCCUUUGGAUCCGUUUGAUGCUGUUCUUCUUGACCAUGACAGACGGACGGGGGAGCUGUUACGUCGUUUGAACACGACCGACUCGCCGACGUUCUAUGACUAUGGGACCUCGCCUCCUCGACAGGUACUUGACCUUGGAUGCGGACAAGGACACUGGGUCGUUGAAGCUGCCAUGAAAUGGAGUGGAUACGGGACCAAAGUGACCGGGUACGACAAAGUGAAUAUCUUAUCGCCACUCGCUGUCCAACAUAGGGUAAAAGGUCAAAUCGAGUUUAUUCGAGGGAAUUUCCUAACACAACAACUCCCCUUCGACUCCCACACCUUCGACCUAAUAAGAAUGUCAUGCCUCACACUCUGCAUACCCACAGACUCAUGGGCACACGUAUUCGAAGAAACCUAUCGCGUACUCGCCCCAGGUGGACGACUGGAGUUGAUCGAAGAUACCAUCAUCUUCCCACCCCAACCCCCCAUCACCCCUCUUCUCAACUUCGAAUACCUCUUCGAAGAUCUGCUUUCCAAGACAUACGGCAUCUCCCUCCAUCCCGAGACGUUCAUCUCGCAAUUGAUGAAAGAUAUAUUUGGAUACGGGGAGCUGGUGCAAGUCAUGCAUCUCUCCCUCGCUCACCGUGAUCCCACACCCACUGAGGAAGACCGAGACGAAGGUGCUGCUGCAAGCGAGACGGAGAGCAAGCCAACGACAGGUCUCCUCCUCCAGCCGUCAACCUUCCUCCCCAUGGAGGCAGAAGAACUCGAGAUGCACACGACAAGACAUAUCAGAACUUUGUUAUCGUGCAAACAUAAGCUGGUAGAACACGCCAUCGAAACGGCUACCGAAGAAGACGUGAAUGAUGAAUUGGUGCAGGAGGCUCUGUAUGAAUACGAAAGCUCAAUACAUCAGAGGUUCCACCCUACUAUACAUCUCGAUGCGAAUGGGCAGGUGUCGGACUCGCAGGAUUCGGAUUCGAGCGGUGAGAUGGGCAGUGCCAUCUGCACGUUCCGCGUGUUUGGGGCUAUCAAGAUGGAGAGAGUCGUGUUUACCUCUAUUACUUGACGAUGAGCUUUAUCCACAACGAUGUUGUGUGUCUUGGAAUGUCCACUGGCCACUUUGGGCCGUUAGCGAUUGCUUCAUCCGCUGCGUAAAUAUAAACGUCGUCUUCAAAGUU